CGCAAGCAACAUACUCUAGGAUCUAGGGUCCAGGGGAUGUAUUAAUUACUCAUAUCGACUGACCGCCCUCUACUGUGAAUUCGAAAUCAGCAAAAAUGGAAACGGCCAUUUCUUCGGUGGUGGAAAAGAUUCAAAAGCUGGCUAUAUCCACUCAGGACUUCGCCGACGCCGUCAUCCGCCGCCACCACGCCUCCAAUCGCCGCAAUCCGAUUGAAAUCUUGAAGCGGUUGCAAAGAGAAGCAUUUUCAGAUAUUAUGAAAAUCAGGGACAGACAAGACAAAGUGGAACGACUGCUUUUGCUUAAUAAGACUUCCAAAGGAUCUCCAUUUCAAGAAGCCAGCACUAGACUAAGGGGGGAUAUUGAUGUAUUGGGGGCCUUAUUAAUGCUUGAUCACGUUGAUGAACAGCAUGUAGAUGCAAUCCAGAAAGCAGGAAUAAAAACAGGUGCCAGUUCCAUGUUCACUUUUCAGACAACCAUUCGAGAAACGGAUACCCUCACCGUAGAGUUUGCUACAAGAGGAAAAGACCAAUGUGAUGUCCUAGGCAGUCCACUUUCACUGGAAAAAGUUCAUUAUAAAGCAAAUAUCAGUGAUUGGUUCUCCAUUGUUUCUACCCCAGUGGGAGCUCAAUGUAAAGAUUUUGCAAUCAAGAAAAGUUCUUGCCAGGAGAAGGGGGCAACUAAUUUUUCAUUUUCUGGACCUCCUUUCUUGAAUGAACAAAGUGGCAGUGCUAUUGGCUUAAUGGUCAGGAAAUCAAAUGUAGUUGCGUCGUUGGCACAGUUUGUCUCUGAACUGGGAAUGCAGUCUAAUUCUACCGGACUUUUCCAUUGCUUCAGCACCUUUGGGCAAGUUAUGUGUCAACUUUCUGGAAGUACGAAACUGUCUCUUUUGGGUAUACAUCGAGUGCCUAAAUUUUCAAAACAACAGGUCAAGCUUGGACCCUUGGUUGUUCCUGGAGGAAUAUUGAAACGUGGCAAACAUCCUGAAAGUCCUGUGGGAACAUCUAGUUCAUCAUUUCUGACAAAUACCGAGGAGGAUAUCUCUUCAGGAUCAUUAGCGCUCACGCUAGAGACAGAGCUUGAUGAUAGUACUAAGAUCGGAGGUUGGAUUGAGAUGAAAAAUUCAAAUCCAAGACAUCUACAUUGGGCUGUUACAAUGGCUGAUACACCUGAUGAUGACUUUGGAUGGGGUUUAAGCCUGGGUGGAUUGGUCCAAGGUCCAAGUAGGUGGGACCAUUUUCAGGUGGAAGCCUUUCUUAGAAUGAAUUUGGGUGAUAGGUUUAGCUUGCAACCAGGGCUUGCUUAUGUGAUGAACGGGGCUACUCAAUUUCCUGUCGCUACAUUGCGUUCUACAUGGUCAAUGUAAAAUUUCGACUUUGUGAAUAGUAGGCUCACAUAUUGAAUAUUUUUGUAUAAUAUCUAAAUACAGAUAUUGAUCAAUGCAGAUCUAUACUUGUACCCCUCAGAUUUAAAACAAGGCUUAGAAAGAAAAAAGAGAAGGUAGCUUUUAGCCUA